CAGCUACAAGAAACUCCAAGUAGCGUUGACGAGGGGGUGGCGAAAUAGUCCCUUACAGACCCAGGCCAUACCCAUCGUUUACGAUCCAGAGUCUAUCUUGUCCCAUACCUACAACCUCUCCUCCACGUGUAGAGCGCACGGGUGUAGGGUUACCGUUGUAGGUGUUGCCUUACUUGCCUGGUCGGCCUGUAUGUUGUCUCAGUAGCAGUUUGGAGAUGAUUUCAGUGAAGUGCUGCCAUAUAUCUCUGAUAGUACAGCAUGCACGCUAGAGCUAUAGAGUUUGUCUGUUUGAUUACAAGCAACUGACUGGAAUCGGAACUUCAGUGACUGUGAACACGAUACAAAGUGGAGCUACUGUGGAUGUGAACGCAUCUUGUUGAUGUGAACACGAUAUUAAGUGGAACUCUCGUGUACGUGAACAUGAUAUAUAGUGGAGAACCGGUGUAUGUGAACAAGGUGGAUUGUGUCUUUGACUCCAGGAACCCCGGGGAUUCCUCGUCCAAUAUCUAAGACUGUCAUCACGGGUUAGAUCUGUCUCAAUGUGAUGUCAAUAUCUAUUCGCGUGUAUACCAGUGCUAGACUCUCCGUGAGAAUGUUUACACUUGUGGAUUUCCCAGUGACAUGUCAAAGGAGACGUCUUUGAUCUGUUAUCGGAUUUUGAUUUGGUCAGCUUCUUCUGACGAAUGACCACAGUGGGCGCUUGUCCUGUGAUCUCUUCUUGAGUCCCUGGUCAUUCUGACAAGGUGGUCCAUUUGGAUUGUAUUACCAUAUCAAGGACUUAAGGUAACAGUUCAGAAACACAAGUCGGACGCCGACAGGGGGUCGGGCUUUGUUGGUACCGUGCAUCUCUCGUUACCUCUGCAGCUUGAGAAGUCACACCCCAGCUAACCAAUCAGCGACCACGCAUGAUGUUCACGAGUAAAGACUCGCGCGAGCACUCGAGGUGAAACAAGCUUCGUCAAUACCGCGCCAGGAUACGCAUGAAAAACGCCAAGCGAUAUCCACAAGGAGUUCGUACAACAUUUCCCACACCAUUUGUCAAUCUUCCAGUGGUUCGGCGGAUCAGCGAGAUGAUCGGGGGAAAGUUUGUUGUCUGGUUUGCAACUGAUUGUGCCCAUGUAUAAUACUGUGUAGUAAACACUUCCAUUAUGUGGAGAUACCUGUUGACUGUGAUUUGCUGGAUGUGGUGUGCAGACGUAUUGGUGGAUUGUGAACCGAUCAGUGGACCACUUGUGAAAAUCGGAAGAUGUAGAGCAAAAUGUUUGGAUAAGCUUCUUAACGAAAGUGCUGGUGACAAUUGCCUGACAACGCCUGACUGUUAUAUGUGCUGGAAUUUCUGUGAUACCCUGUUCACAAAGUACAAGUUGUAUGGAAUUGUGUGCGAUGCUGAGAAAGUAUGCACGCGUGGGUGCGAGAUUGCUUGCGACUUCAGACACAAGCCUCCAACACAGACGAAAAAUCAACGCUGGACCUUUUCCCCCGGUGAUGUGCAGACGAGAAGGAAUUCCAGAGUGACGGACAUUCAGUGGAAACCUCCCAAGCCUCCAGUCUUCUCUAAGUCCAGGAAGUCCCUGGUGUAUAUCAUAAUGGUUCGGAGGAAGGGAAGCAAGGAUCCCUGGAAACAACUAACACAGCUAGCGUCCCAGAUGGUGAGCUUCAAAACAGACACCAUGCCGGAUCCCCCAGAGUUUCAGCUGUUGGCUAUAUCCAACAGAGGAAUUGUGGCCAAAUCGAAACGAUUUUCACCUGACUCUGUUGUUAAGGAAACCUAUCCCUUUCCGAACGGCCACCUGGUGGAGGGCCUGAGCGCCACCUACACACCAGACAUCAGCCCCAUGAACAUCACCAUCGACAUGAAGAUGGUUUCCGGCAAGCUGCAGACUUCCCUCGACUGGAACCACCCCAGCGCUGAAGUGCUCCAGUGUGCCAAGAGCAAUGAACCAUGUUUCUAUGAGAUGAACUGGUUCCUUACCGACUGUGCCGCCUACCCAAGGGCACCAGCAUGUGAGACAUUGCCAUAUCACACCGCCGAGACCGCUCAUUUCCUCUACAAAGAAAAGCCAAAUUUCCGCAUUCCUGACAUUGAGUUGAACUCCCUGUAUGACGUGUUGAUCAGCAUCAGGGAUGCUCACGGAGAAGCAGUCGAAGGGAAAACAUCAUUCAAGACACCGUUGUGUCUCCAGAUGAGCAUUGACAGAACCACCUGUAACGAUGACCUGGAUGUCUUCGGACAAAACAACCCAGAAAAUGUUCCUGCAAAUUUGAGUAUACCUGUCUCCACUUUCUCACCUGAAACAGCCUCUGCCACAGACAUUGAAGAAUUGAAGCUAAAGAUCAACGAAAACCCACAGAUGACCUUCAACCCUUCGACAUCGAUGACGGAGGUGAAUAUCACAUGGACGAGCGUCCUCAACCAGUCUGUGUUUGAGAAGUACCAGGUGUUCUGGUACACAGAUGAUGAUGAAUACUACCCCAAGCCUGGCCAGAAUGAAACAGGCCAAGCUCACAUGAUCCUGGAACUGGAGACAAAUAAGCUAUAUACUAUUGAUGUGACAGCAUACUACACAGAUGACUACAGCGAGCCAUGCUCCAUCACGGAUACUAUACAACUCCUAACUCAGAGAAACCUCAGUUCCUCAACUGUCAUUGCUCAACCAAUCAAACAGCCUCAUAAGCAGGAUCUAAGCACUCUGAGUGGUGUGAUUGUUGGCGUCGUUGUGGCAACCAUCCUCAUUGUGGUGGGUUUUGUGGUCUUGUUCUACAAAAAGAGGAAGAGUUUCAAGGAUAUUAUCAUCACCAAGACAUUUGUUACCAAGAGCAACAGCUACAAGUCUAACGUUGGAGCUGGCAAGUCGAAUUACUCUAAUCAGCUGAUGGUAAUUAGUGAUGAAUGGGAACUUGACCCCAAGCAAUUGAAAUUCAGCACACAACUGGGUCAGGGCGCCUUUGGCAAGGUGGUCACAGGCUACUACUGUGAUCAGAAAGUGGCCAUCAAGCUCAUUAAAGAGGGAGCCCCCCUGUCUUACAAGGAGGACCUGGUGGCCGAGAUCAACCUGAUGAAGCGGGUCGGAUCUCACCCCAACAUUGUUGCCAUGAUCGGUGCGUGCACCCUCAAUGAGCCUAUUGCCCUCAUCAUGGAGUUUAUACCUCACGGCAAUCUCCAGAACUUUAUGAAGAAAUGUCGUCUGGAGGGUGAUCUUCGGAAGCGGUCAGAUGGUGCCAGUGAAAUUGCAUAUUCAAUGGUCGAUGAUUCCGGCGGCAUUGAAAACUAUUUCAUCACCCCGACCGACAUGUUGUCCUUUGCGAGACAAGUGGCCAUGGCUAUGGAAUACCUAACUGAUCGAAGAUAUGUGCAUCGUGAUCUGGCUGCCAGGAAUGUCCUACUUGGGCCAAACAAGGUGGUCAAGCUCUGUGAUUUUGGCCUGUCACGUGACAUCUACAAUGACAACCAGUACAAGAAACUGACCAAUGGGAAGCUUCCUCUCAAAUGGAUGGCUAUUGAGUCCCUCAGAGACAGAGUGUUCACCACCCAGAGUGACGUGUGGUCAUUCGGCAUCCUGCUUUGGGAAAUUGUUACAAUGGGUGCGUCGCCCUACCCUCAUAUAGCCCUGUCUGAUCUGUACUACGUCCUUGUGAAUGGCUAUAGGAUGGAGAAGACAAGCAACUGUUCUGAAGAGCUGUAUGCCCUCAUGCUACAGUGCUGGGCUGCUAAUCCAGCAGACAGACCCUGCUUUACCCAGCUGAGGAUGAUGCUGGAAGAACUGAUGGAGGAAGAUAGGGACUACCUGGUCCUCGAGAACAUCAAUGUUCCACUGAACAAUUCGGAGAACAGCAGCAGCUCUUCUUCCGUGGAUGACAUGUCAACCCAGCCCUCCGGGACAUCCUCCGGGGUCCUAGUUGUGGCCAUGCCCAAAGAGUCACUGCGAGUGGAUGUGUGUAUUCAUGGAAAGUCCACAGAUAGACUGCUGAGGAAGUCAGAGAGUGAUUCAAGUCCCUAGGAGCAGGACAGUGUGUGUUGUGUGACUAUGUGAUAUAAAGUUGUGUGAGAGGUACCCACCGACAAGGGACAACUCUGAAGUGGUUGUCGUCAUGGUCUCAAUGGCCGUCAUCAUGGUCUCAGUGGCUUUCGUCAUGGUCUCAUUGACUGUCAUCAUGGUCUGAGUGACUGUCAUCAUGGUCAGAGUGACUGUCAUCAUGGUCUGAGUGACUGUCAUCAUGGUCUGAGUGACUUUUGUCAUGGUCUCAGUGGUCGUCAUCAUGGUCUGAGUGACCGCCAUCAUGGUCUCAGUGGCCGUCAUCAUGGUCUGAGUGACUGUCAUCAUGGUCUGAGUGACUACCAUCAUGUUCUCAGUGACUGUCAUCAUGGUCUUUGUGACUGCUGUCAUGGUGUCAGUGACUAAUCAUGGUCUAUGAGACUGCUAUCAUGUUCUCAAUGACCGGUAUCAUGGUCUCAGUGACUAGUCAUAGUCUCAAUGAAUGCUAUCAUGGUCUGUGUGGCUACUGUCAUGGUCUCAGUGACUAAUUAUGGUCUCAUUGGCUGUCGUCAUUGUCUCAGAAACUUCGCCAUGGUCUCAGUGAUGGUCAUCAUAAUAUCUGUGAUUGCCAGAUCUGAAUCCAGGAAGUGAUGGUAUGCAUGUUGGACCAUUGUGUACCAAACUGUCUAAUCACCAUGUACAGAUGUUCGUCAGAGUUAUUCCUGGAGUGAUUGACAACCCAAAACAAGGUAUUACUGACAUAUUUGUUUAUCUACUGCAAUGAACUACAGUUAUCAGAUCUGGUGAAAAUACUUUGAUGUCAAGAGGCCAGUCUAUAUAGUUCUGUGAAAUAACUGCAAAUAAAUUGAUCUGCUGGAGGCCCAUAAACCAAGUGACAGGAGACCUCAAGAUGCUGCUUUCUGAACAAUCAGCACUGAUUUGUGAAUGGUCAACUGAUAUGGAAUGGUUUUGAGACUAUGUGCACUUUCAUGUUCAGAAGGAUACAGACACAUAAUGUGAAACUGAUUUUUAAAUGCCAGUGAGACAUAAACACUGUUAAAACCGUGUGACUCUUCAGGGGGAAUGGACCUUUGGGGUUUUGAAUUGAACCAGUGUACAUAAUUACAGAUUUACCCUUAGUGCAAGGGUUACGUUGGAGCUGCCAUCUAGUACCGAAUGUAUAUAUUGGUAAUAUUUAUUGUUGCAGUAUUUAUUGACAGUCAGACCUCCAUUGCUGUCUGUGAGUUGUGGAGUAUUCAUGAUUGGGCACUGGUACUAGAACCCAAUCUUAGCCAGUAGACAAUACAGGCAAGGAUUGCAUUCUGGAACUGAUGUACUGUAGGACAAAUUGUCUCAGGAGAUCGUAGGAGGGUGGAAUCUGCCUGUGGAAGGCUGCCCAAAAUUGAGAAAUGAAACCCCAGUGGAUGGUCCCAAAUGGCCAUCAAACAUUAUGAAGAAUAUUUUGAUCAUCGCCUUCAGGAAGUGGCAACAUCUCAAGGUCUGAGGGCAUGGCAACAUUUCACUGUCUUGGGUUGUGGGAACAUCUCACUGUCUUGGGUUGUGGCAACACCUCACUACUUGGGUUGUGGCAACAUCUCAUUGAUUUGGGUUGUGGCAACAUCUCAUUGAUUUGGGUUGUGGCAACACCUCACUACUUGGGCUGUGCCAACAUUUAAUUGAUUAGGGUUGUGGCAACAUCUCACUGUCUUGGGUUGUGGCAACACCUCACUACUUGGGUUGUGGCAACAUCUCAUUGAUUUGGGUUGUGGCAACACCUCACUACUUGGGCUGUGCCAACAUUUAAUUGAUUAGGGUUGUGGCAACAUCUCACUGUCUUGGGUUGUGGCAACAUCUCACUACUUGGGUUGUGGCAACAUCUCAUUGAUUUGGGUUGUGGCAACACCUCACUACUUGGGCUGUGCCAACAUUUAAUUGAUUAGGGUUGUGGCAACAUCUCACUGUCUUGGGUUGUGGCAACAUCUCACUACUUGGGUUGUGGCAACAUCUCAUUGAAUUGGGUUGUGGCAACACUUCACUACUUGGGCUGUGCCAACAUUAAAUUGAUUAGGGUUGUGGCAACAUCUUAUUGAUUUGGGUUAUGUCAACAUCUCACUGUCUUGGGUUGUGCCAACAUCUCAUUGAUUUGGGUCGUGCCAACAUCUCAUUGAUUUGGGUUGUACCAACAUCUCAUUGAUUUGGGUUGUGGCAACAUCUCUCUGUCUUGGGUUGUGGCAACAUUUCAUUGAUUUGGGUUGUACCAACAUCUCAUUGAUUUGGGUUGCGGUAACACCUCACUACUUGGGUUGUUGCAACAUCUCACUGUCUUCGGUUGUGGCAACAUCUCAUUGAUUUGGGUUGUGCCAACAUCUCACUGUCUUGGGUUGUGCCAACAUCUCAAUGACAUGGGUUGUGCCAACAUCUCACUACUUAGGUUGUGGCAACAUCUCAUGGAUUCAGGUUGUGGCAAUAUCUCACUGUCUUGGGUUGUGGCAACAUCUCACUGACUUGGGUUGUGGCAACAUCUCACUACUUAGGUUGUGGCAACAUCUAACCGCCAUUGGUUGUGGGAACAUCUCCUUUGGCUUGUGACACAUCUCACAUCUUGGUUUACUCCCCAUUUAUGAAUAUAUCAAUGUUCUGGCAACAUCUCUCAACCUAGUCAUGAUGUUCUGGCAAGACACAACUACU